AUGAUUGAAGUUUCAAUGUUUCAAUUAUUCGUUAUUUUUGUGAUAAUUCUUUAUAUCGUAAGACGUCCUCGUAUAGGCAAAAACGAACCUCCACUUGUGCCUUAUACGAUUCCAAUUCUCGGACAUACGUAUGAUUAUUUAUUUAACACAAAAAAAUUCAUUAAAGAAUGUAAAGAACAGUAUGGUGAUUGUUUUUCAAUUUAUAUAUUUGGAGAAGUGAUGACAAUUCUUUCAAGAGAUACAUUGACUGAAGUGUUCAGAAAUCCUGAUAACUUUGAUAUGAUAUCAGCAACGAAGGAGACUUUUCCUUUAGACCAACUUCUCCCUUAUAGUGAUGAUAAACCCGAAUUUCAUGCCAGAACUGCAAGAGAACAAGUUUCUGGCAAACUUGAUAUAAAUAUUGGCAUCGUACAAAAAUACCUCAUAAAAGGAAUAGAAAAUUCGAUCGGAGAUUGUAAUGAACCCAAGGUAGUUUAUAACGCUUGGAAUUUGAUUAAUUACAUCAUCGCUUUACCAAUUGCGAACGUUCUUGUUGGAGAAGAAGCGGCAUCUCAUGAAGAUUUAGUGAAGGCAUUAGGAGACUUGGCUUUUGAUCUGGGUCCAUUGUUGGUAAUUCCACCGAUUUUAUUUUUCAUUCAUAAGAAACUACACGAAUUCGUACUCACUAUACCCUUUAAAUUUGGAUGGAGUCCGGUAUCACGUCAUCGAGACAUUGUAGUAAAUCGUUUAAGACCAGUAGUUGAAAAACGUUUAAAAGAAAGAAAGGAGCUUGGUGAUAAUUAUAAACCUUAUAAUGAUUUAUUGGAUUAUUAUAUGAGUCGACCGAAUUUUGAUAAUACAAAACCUAAUAAUCUUCAUUUUCAUGUUGAUAACCUAUUUUCUAUUUCUUUUGCCGCAAUCAACACAACAAGUAGAGCAGCAGUUGACGCAUUAUAUGAUAUGGCUGGAAGACCAGAAGUAUUAAAUGAAUUAUAUGAAGAAGCAUUGGCAUUUGAUAAAGAAUGUAAUGGAUCAGUAACUUUGGCUGAUGUUCAAAAUAUGGUGAAAUUAGAUAGUUUAGUUAAGGAAUCAUUGAGACACGCUGGUAACAUAAUUAAUUUGGGUCAUCACAUGAUAUCGAAAAGUUACACUUUCUCUAAUGGUUUUACAAUCCCAGAAGGACGUAAGAUUAGUUUGUAUUCUGAUGAUAUGUUAAAAGCAAAAGAAAAUUUUGGUGAUGAUGCUGAAGAAUUUAAACCAUUCCGAUUUGUAAAUGCAAAAUCUCCUGCGACAAAAGUUGAUCGUUCUUAUAUUGUCUUCGGUGGCGGUAGACAUGCGUGUCCUGGGUAUUUAUUUUUAUGA